ACAGCGCAUACGCAGGCAGGCUAGCAGCAGGCUGUUCUUCCUCUGGAGAGCUCUCCCCUGCUACACCACUUACAGACUGCUACGACUGAAGAUAAAAGUGUCUUGAUUUUUACGUCUUCAGUGAGUAUCAAACAUGGAUGGUUUCCAAACAGUCCUGAAAUUCUUUAUGAACCGGAAAACCGCUAUAGGUUACAGUUUUAUGGCACUGCUGACAAUGGGAGGUGAACGUGUGUUUUCUCUUGUUGCUUUCAGAUGCCCCUGCAGCAACGAAAACUUUAGGUACGGUUUGGUAUUUCUCUUCUCCCCAGCUUUUGUUUUGCUGGUUAUUGGAUAUUUCUUGAACAGCAAGACCUGGAAACUCUUUACAGGCUGCUGGGUGAACCCCAGAAAAAUAUUCCCCAGAGGGAAUAUCUGCCAUUUCUUUUAUGUCUUCGGACAAAUCACUUUAAAUGCUCUGGUAGCCCCAGUGAUGUGGCUUUCUGUGGCUUUGCUCAACGGGACUUUUUACGAAUGUGCCAUGAGUGGCUUGAAGAAUGCUGCCUACUUACAUGCAGUUUGCCACAGCAAAUCUGCAACGUGCUUUGAAGAGCUACACAAGGUAGCCUGUGACAAAAGCUCCAUGCCCUUUUCAGAGAGUGACGAACUGAAACGAACUCUUCAAGCACAGUCCCAGAUUUUAGGCUGGUGUGUGAUAGUUACCACAGCUCUUCUCUCCCUGCUAACCACUUGCUGUGCCAGCUGCCAGUCAAAAGUCAGCCACCUUCAGCUGAUGUUCUGGAGGGUUUACGCGGAGAAGGAGAAGGAGCAACUGGAGCAGAUUUUUCAGCUGUAUGCCACCAAGCUGAGCGAGCGAAACCUGAAGUGCUUUUUUGAGAACAAGGAACCAGAAGCAAUUCCCCUGCCAGCUUUUCAGGCAUGGGAAGAUGCUUCCGAGAUCUACUCUUUCAGCAACAGCAAACAGCAUUAUAGCACAAUUCACAAGCUAGUUGAAGAAGGCCAGAAAGAAAACAAUAAGGAAAGAGAGACAACGCUGGACUUUGUAGAUAGAAGGGAAAUACCAUAGAUCAAAUAUGUAUUUUUUCAGCUUUUUUGUAUCUUGACAAUAUAGCAUACUUCUAUCUCUUUUCAUGUCUGUAUUUUUUUCACAAUGGCCUCUUCUUUAUCACAUUCCCUCCC